AUGAGCGAUUGGGACACUCAGAGUGUAGCCGAAGACGACAUUGCAGGGGAUGAACCGGAAAACGUAGAUGGUUUGUUAAUGGAGCAGACUGCAACCGCAACAUCAACCGCAGCACCUGCGCCUGUUCUACCUGUAAAAAGGAUUGCAAGUAGCAUGCCACCACCCAGUCUUCGUAAAAAACCUUUCAAGCCAGGCAAUAUGAUAAAGUAUCCCACAGGCAGUAACUCAAAGUACCCGACCCGCUUUGAAUCCUCCUUAGAUAGGCUGGAAAACAUAGCCAUGAUGGCAUCGCUGCAGGAAACUGGAACUGUUACAGAUGACCAGUAUGACAGAUUCGCUAAGCACUUGGUAGGCCUGUUGCCGGUCUCCCUGGCCAGGUUACCCCUCAGAGGAGAGAUCGCCCGACACUCUAACCUCUGGUUAUUCUACUCUGCCUUUCUUAUGGUUGUUAUUGCGGUUGUCCUUUGUGGCUGGGUCUGCGAGAUGUUCUUCAAUACAGAGGUUCCAGAACAAAGACGCUACACGACGACGACUUCACUGAUUAUGGCGGUCUCCAGUGCUCUCUCGACGUUCCUGGGAGCCCUCGUGUGUCUUUCUGUAGCCUUGCUCAGGUCUUCCAAGAAGAUUCUACUCCUGGAGCGACUGAGGGAAAUAGAUUUCCAACUCCAUAGAAACGCUCCAUCACACAACACACGAGUUAUAUCAUAUGUGGCUCUUGUAUACUGCUGCAUCAUGGUCAUCUAUGAUGUAAUAGAACACUUCAAUUACAUAUCGAUAUAUGCUAUAUCUGUGGCCUUUAAGAUAGUGCUAAUAUGUGGGCUGGUAGAGCUGAUGGAGUUGGUACUCAGUGUAAAGGACAGGUUCCAGCUAAUCAAUCAACGAGUGGAAGAAUUGGUGAUGAGGUCUCGGAUGAAGCAACUCUUGUGGACUGUUGCACUCCCGUGUGUUGAGGCAUUUUCUAAUCCUCGAGUGAUGUCGCUGACUAUACCAGGCCUCAAUGAGACACACUGGAGUCUGUGCUGUAUAGUCUAUGAUAUAAACGUUGUCUACGGCUGUCAAAUGGUGGCCCUGAUGGUGUUCAUAUUCGCUCAUCUUGUAUUCUACCCGUACUUCUUAUUCCUUCUCUUCUCUAUGGACUAUAACAAAUUUCUCUAUGCCAUUCUUAUUGGCAACUGGAUAUUGUUAUAUGUGGGCGAACUUUACUUCUUGGUGUGGCCUUGUGCACAGGCUGUUGCAGAGUUGGAAAACUUCGCCCAGCAACUGUUCCACAGAGACGUCGAGUUCUCCGCUUGUGGUCUGUUCAACCUUCACACAUCCAUCAUUGUGUCUGUAGCCAGCGCGGUUACUACCUACUUAGCCAUCAUCAUACAGUUCCAAACUUCUAGUGUUGGCGAGAACUCUACCCCUAAAACAACUGCUGUUAGUGUUAAAGUUUCUUAG